GGUCAGUGUAUGAAAGUCAUAACCUGAAUUGAAGAGUAAAAUAUAAGAAGCUUGAUUCCCUUGGCUCGAAAUCAAAUAGCGAAGCUGCUUAAAAUAGCGACUGGCAUCCUACUGUUUUCUUUCGCAGCUACGAGUAUGUCAUAGUUAUCGUAUUUUCAUUGAGUGUAUCUGCCUGCAGCCACCCAUUUCCGUGACCUUUGUGACAGGUCAGGGUGAUUUGGGUAGCGUGAUCAUUAUGUGGGGUGUUUCCUGAAUCGGAUGUUGCUUCUGCUUAUCUAUUCAGGUACAAAUGAGACCUUCGAUCAACAUGGCCUUCUAUAUUUAGCUGAUAGCACGCGUGCAACGAAAGGGUAUUAUUAUGAAGUUAGCUGAUAUAUAAACUAAGAUGGCCAAGAUUGUCGUGAUCGGUGCUGGUGUAACUGGUCUCAGCUGCGCCUUGCGCAUUCAAGAGGCCGGUCAUAGCGUUACCAUCAUAGCCAAAGAUUUUCCCAGCGGGUUUGAAACCAUUGAUUCUGCAACCCAAAUCAACUUCACCUCCCCAUGGGGUGGCGCACACAAUCGCUUCAUCUUACCACCUCCAGGUGCCGCGCCAGACUCCCAAGAAGCCCGUGAACACGCCAUGUCGUUGGUAACGUGGGAGGAGAUGCACUCCUUGCAUACACAACACCCUGAAGCUGGCAUCACGUUUAUGAAAGCGUAUGAUUACUUCGAGGCACCUGAGCUAGCCCAAACUUCGCUCACGGAGGAGAAAGCGCGGGAUAAGUACGGUAUGAAGGGCUUCAAGUUUUUCACAAAGGAUGAGCUGCCUGAUGGCGUGCAAAUGGGGUACGAGUAUGAUACCUGGAGUCUAAAUCCAAUGGUUUACUGCGGGUUUCUACUACGACGGUUUGCUUAUAGGGGUGGCAAAAUUCUCAAGAGAGAGAUCAGGGAGCCCCUUGAAGUAUUCGAAAUGAAGGAAGUGGCGCCAUUUGACGUGCUUGUCAACGCAUCGGGCAUUGGAUUCGGGGAUCCGGAUGUCUUCAUCAUCACAGGUCAAACGUGCCUUGUAGCCAACCCCUGCCCAGUUACAAUCGUCAAGUUGAACGCCGUGGGCAUGCCGACAUUCAAUGUCCCGCGAGGUUUCGAGGGUGGAACAAUCAUUGGAGGUACUAAGAUACCAAAUGAUUGGAACCCCAACCCGUCUCUUGAGCUUAGAGAGAAGAUACUAAGUAACUUUGCCGCCAUAUACCCCGAUAUUCUAGGUCCCGACGGUAAGUUUACUGUCAUAAAGGAUAUCAUCGGUAGACGCCCGGCUCGGAAGGGCGGCAUGCGACUCGAGAAAGAGAUUGCACAGGGUGAAAAGUGUAUUAUCCAUGCCUAUGGCUUGGGAGGGCGUGGUUACGAGCUUAGUUGGGGUGUUGCAGAUAAAGUGGGAAAGCUGCUUGCUUCUCAUCUAGGGUCAGCCGACAUUCCAGUCAGACAAGUGCAGGCUAAGAUUUGAAGACUCAAUGCCACCUCAUUCCCUCCAAAAAGGUCACAGAAUGCAAGGAUCUUAAUUACAUUAAUAUCUUGCGAUAGACGUUGACAAGCUGGGUUGAGCGAUAUUUAAUCACUCGUAAUGAACGUAUGUGCACAU